AUGCUCCGACUUUCUGUGAGGUCGUUGCAGUGGCAGUCGCCGAGCCGUGUGGGCGGCUGGGCGGCCACGGCAGCGUCAGCGAGGAUAGCGACAGCCACCCCCACCGCUGUGAGCCACAACCAACACACCAUCACCACAAGCGCCCUUCAGGGUCAAGACAUGACCGAAUUCACGCGACGUGCGUCAGCCAUGAAGAAGCGGUGGCGCGGCAGGGGUCAGUACGGCUUCGCACGCGCGGAGGCGCAGCGCUUCCUCGACUCCGAGGUGCCGAAAGGCAACCUUGGUGCCUGGAUGGAAGAGGGCAGCAAUGCGGUCGCGCUGUCACAGCUGCUGAGCUUCUUCGAAAUCCAGCCAGAGGCGUCGCUGGCGUCGCUCAUUUUGAACAAGCUCAUUCGAACAGCCGAGGACGAGUCUGCGCCGCUGAUCAGUCGACUGCACGCCGCCCUCAGCCUUAUCUGCACCCGUCCCGACGAGAACUACGAGCGCGUAUUUCACGUGAUCGCGCAGGCGCUGCAGCAGCUUCAUCGAAUCGCGCUCGAUGGCGGCGGGAAUGGCAGCAGCACCAGCAACAGCGUCGGGGGCGGUGGCACGGGCCGAGUGGACAAUGGCACCUCCCUCGUUUCACCAGCGCAGAUGCUUCCGUUCGAUGCAGUUGGCGUGUGCGCCAAGGCACUGCAGCGGUGCGGGAAGCGAACGCCGCCGAUGCUGAAUGAGCAGCUAGCCGCGUUCUCGAUGGCGCUGCUGCAGAAGACCCCGGCUACAAGCCUCCCCUACAUGCAAUCAACGCUUCUGCGCCUGUAUGCGUGGAUGGUGCGAGCGGAGCGAUCGGAGGCGAGCCAGCUGCUCUGCAUCUUGAUUGAGGAAACUGGCGAGUUCGCGCGGCAAGACUUUGGCACGCUGAUGAUGUCAUGCGCGCGGCAUCACCAACUCAUGCAUCUUCCAGUGGAGCUUAUCCAGCGUCUCGCACGCGUCGCCUUCCAGUACCGCAACUCCGUCAACGGCCGCGACGGCGCGGCGAUACUCGGCACUCUUGCCAAGCUGGUCGUCUCUCUCACCGCAGGUGCGAACGGCGUGACUGCUGCCGACGUGGUCCGUGCUCAGGAUUACUUCAACGCGCUGUUGGAGGAGAUGCAGCAACGCGUCCUGCGCCUGUUCGACGUCAACGACAAGCUAUUCUGGAGCAACUCCGAGGACAUGUCGUCCUGCGCGUUCGCGUACGAGCUUGGUGGGCAUGUGCGUUACCACCGUGUGUUUCAGGCUUACGCGGCGUACGUGCAGCACUCCGUGGAGAGUUUUGAGCCGCCGCAGCUGGCCCUCGCUACGGGCAUUCUGCGCCGAGCGCAGCUGCUCACCCCGCACCUGGCUGCACGGCUGUCCGAGAGAAUUGAGGUGGUCCUGGGUGAGCUGCGCUUGGCGGAACUCUCGCACAUCUGCGCCACUUUCGCCGCGCUGCCGUCGCCGCGGCCGGGCUGGUGGGAUGAGGCGAGGGCCGUCGCACUGCGUCUUCUCCAGCCAGACGUCAGCGGCCUUGUCUCUAUGAACCUCGCCAUCGCCUUCCCUGAGCAGCCUGGCUUCGCCGAAACCAUCGACUACGCGCAGAUCACCAGCCGGCAGCUCGUGGAUCUUCUCCCCAUCACGCUGGGGUCAGCCCAGUUUGGGGAGACGGUGGUAGCGACGAUGUGCCAGCGAUUGGUCUCGCAAGGGGAACGCUUCGCACCGGAUGACCUGCGGCUGCUGCUGGCCUGUGGGGAGCGUCCGCAGCUGGUGCAAGCGGCACAGGAGCACCUCCGCCAGGCUUUUGCCCAGCCCGUGUGGAGUACGGACACCCUCUACUCCCUGCCGCUCGUGAUCGACGCGGACCACCCGGAAAGGAACCUGCAACACUUCAGCGUGGCGAAGGCGUUAGCGGCGGCCAAGACGGCAUCGGUGGGCCCGGCGCAGUUCGUGUCACUAGCAGAGCUGCUCCUCGGCUCUUUCGGUGACACGGAUCAGGCCGUGCGUGAGUACGUCCAGGCCGGCGGGGAUGACUUGGUGAAGGAAAAAGGUGUGUACGGCGGUACCGUUGUUCGCUACCUUUCCGUUGUACGCCGCUUCCCGAGCAUGGUGCCACACACCCAGUGGCUGCACGACUACGCCGAUAUGCUGGAGACCCAGAUGCCGGCGAUGGAUCCUGACAGCCUCGAGGAUGUCCUUCUCUCCCUACGCACCCUUUACGAGGAUGUGGCCAAGACACCGGCGCUGCAGAUGGUGCUGUCGUCUCUCGUGCGGCGGUUCUACGAGGAGCUGGCUGACUCGGAGCAGACGGCGCGCAUCACGGUGCUUGUGGUGUACUUGCAGAAUGGCAUGACGCUGCCGCUGCUCACCGCGAGCAGCCCGACGCUGCAGCGUGUGACAAGCAAGGAGUCGCAGUACACGCCGGAAGUGCGUCGGGCAUUGGCGAUGAUGCCAACGCCAAAGGCCCUCCCGGCGGAGGAGCGUCGCGGACGGUUUGUCCUGAAGCAUCUGGAGCCAGCCCACCGCCGUAGCGAGGCGGCGAUGCCGUUGCUGGACCUGAAUUUCGGCGACCCCUUCCUUGAUUCGCUGUCGAUUGUGGCGCCUGCAGCGAAUCCCCAGGCACAACCCCCAGUGGUCGCAGAGGCACCCUCUGCCCUGUCCAGCGCACCCGCCACCGAGACUGCUGCAUCGGCUCCUGAGACUGAAACAGUCACCGCCUCGCCAUCUCCGCCACCGAGAGAGGAGAAGCCGAUGUCCUACUACGCGAAAUUCUUCAGCUCCUCGGUGGGGCAGAUCUUUGCCGGCCGUGGCGACCGCUCCCACGAGGAGAAGCCGGCGACCCCCAGCGAGUCGGCAGCGCCGCCGAGGGAGGAGGAACCGCAGAAGCCCGAGGCACCACCGCAGCCCCGUCGCACGCGACUGCACCCCUCAGCCCACACCCCCGUGGCAGCAGCAGCAGCAGCACCGGUAGCGGAGAGUGAGCCGUCUCAGCCACAGUCAACGCAGCAACAGCCGUCCUCGCCAGCCGCCACCCCUGCUGCCGUCCCUGUCACCACCUUUACCACAGCCUGGGGUAGCAGGGCACCGCCGCUUGCAGGCCCUGGAUGGGGCUUCGCCGCCGCCGCGACAUCACAGUCGACAUCGGCCACCGCGGAGAAGCAACACAGCAACGCGUUCAGCUCCCUUUUUGGUAUGCCGCCCAUCCCGUCACCAGCGGCAACCGCGGCCCCGGCUCCUAUAGCGAAACCUGCGACCGUCGCUGCCCCCGCAGUCAGCCGCCCGGCGCGCAUGGGCGGUAUGGGUGGCAACAACAUCUUCUUCAACCCGAGAAACCCCUCGGCCUCGCGAGGGCGACCAGUCAUGUCACAUAAGGCAGUCAUCACGCGCCCGGGGCUGCACGGUGCUGCGGCGACGACGACCGGGGCAGCGGUGGGCCGGCCACCACCCGCAGCCACCGCUUCGGAGACCGUGUUCAACUCAGCCGCGGCGGAGGGCAUGAGACGCAUCUCCGUGGAUACGGGCCGCGCUUCUCAGGUGUCACCGCUCGCCAGCACUCCAGUUGGCCCGCCGAUCGUCCGGAACGCGGCCGCCGCCCCCACCACUGACACGGCCGCGGCGGCGGCGAAUCGACACCACAGCGGAAACGGCAUGGCAAAGAUCGCUGGGUACAACAUAGGCGAAGGGAACACAAGGGGAGCGGUGACCACCGCUGCGGGCGGGUCUCCAGCGGCACCCUUUUCGGCUGGCGGGCAGGAGAGCAGGUCGGCGCUGGACUGGAUGGAUGCGGCGCGGCGUGUGGGGCGAGUGACGCGGCUGCCACGCAACAAGACGAAGACGCGCUCACAGCACAGCCUGUCGGCCUGGCUCAACACACCAACCGCACGGCUGGACAGUCCGGCCAAGGAGGAAACCGGUGAGGCGGCGUCCGAGCCGCCGGCCGCGGGACGCGGGCGGCAAGCGACGGUCGCGGAGGUACUGAAGAGGCGCCGGUCAAAGAGGGACUCCAGCAAAAGCGCUACCGAGGCGGCGGCCACUGACGAGGUCGGAGGAUCCCACGCAAAACGAGGUGGCGGCGGCGGCCGUGGGAGGGGGCGGGGCGGAAAAGCUGGCACGGCAGGUGGCAAGGCGGCGAAGGCCACCAAAGCCGCCGGCCACGCCCACCACCACGGCAGGGUGGCAAUCACGGCAGUGCAAGCGAAGAAGAGGGGUGGUAAGGUCGCUGCGGCAAGCGCUGCACCGGCGUCGUCAUCGAAGAAGGGCGCAGCAGCCAAGUCCGCCAAGGCAGCGGCAUCAUCGAAGGGCAGCGGUGGCGCUGGCAACAACGGACGCACAAAGCGUGCCGCCUCGACGACGGUGGCGGUGAAGCCGGCGAAGAAGGCGGUAAAGGCGGCUGCCAAGAAGAAGCCAGCGAAGGGGAAGAAGUAG